UCAGGGCUCCCCUAGUAGGAAGGGGAGGAAGGUGAGGGAUGGGAGGGCUCCCAGGGCUUCCCAUCCCCCACUCCUGCGCACUCUUCCCCCUUCCUCUGCAGUCUCCCUGGGCCCUGCCUGAUCAGGCCUGCCUGCAUGCUAGGACAUGUCUGGCCCCUGGGAACUGUCGGUGGAUGAUGGCUGCAGUGAUGAAGGGGCUGGAGCCCGAGACCGCUGCUGCUGCUGCAGAAGAUGCUGCCGGAGAUGCUGCGGAGGCUGUGGUUGCAGGGCCCGGGGUGCCUGUGCUCCUGGCUGGGAACCGAUUGAGCUUCGACCUGUGUGCCGGGGGCUGCCACCAGCUGCUGCACCUGUGUGCCCAGCAGCCCCCUCAGCUGUUGCAGGUGGAGUUCUUGAGAUUGAGCACCCACGAGGACCCUCAGCUGCUGGAAGCCACCCUGACCCGGGUGCCUUGGAGUCUGCCCCAUCUCUGCUCCCUGGUACUCAAAGGAGGGCAGUGCCGGGAUGCACUAGGUGCCUGCAUUCAUGGCGCCCUGACCACUCUGCCUGGUGGCUUGAGUGGCCUGGCCCACCUGGCCCACCUGGACCUCAGCUUCAACAGCCUGGAGACACUGCCAGGCUGUGUCCUGCAGAUGCAAGGCUUGGAUGCUCUCCUGCUGUCUCACAACCACCUCUCAGAGCUGCCAGGAGCCCUGGGAGCCCUCCCAUCCCUCACCUUCCUCACCGUGACACACAAUUGCCUUCAAACACUGCCUGCAGCACUGGGGGCCCUUUCUACCCUACAGCGCCUGGAUCUCUCUAAGAACCUUCUGGACACUCUGCCCCCAGAGAUUGGAGGCCUGAGCAGCCUCAGUGAGCUCAAUCUGGCUUCCAACCGGCUGCAGAGCCUCCCAGCCUCCCUUGCGGGGUUGCGGUCCUUGCGGCUUCUUGUCCUGCACAGCAACCUCCUGGCCUCAGUGCCUGCCGGCUUGGCCCGCCUCCCACUGCUUGCCCGGCUUGACUUGAGGGACAACCAGCUCCGGGACGUGCCCCCUGAGUUACUAGACGCCCCCUUUGUGCGCCUGCAGGGGAACCCUCUGGGCGAGCCCUUGUCAGAAUCCUCAAGUCCCCCAGGGAUAUCCCCUGUUCUGGAAAUGCCCAGACUAUUCCUGACCUCAGAUUUGGACAGCUUCCCUGUGACUCCCCAAGGCUGCUCUGUGACCCUAGCCUGUGGUGUUCGCCUGCAGUUCCCAGCAGGGGCCACCACUACUCCUAUCACUGUCCACUAUCGACUGUUGUUGCCAGAGCCAGGCCUUGUCCACCUGGGUCCUCACGAUGCCCUGCUCAGCGGUGUCCUGGAGCUGCAACCCCACAGGGUGGCCUUCCAGCAGGAUGUGGGCCUCUGGCUAUUGUUUGUCCCCCCACGGGCCCGGCGUUGUCGUGAGGUAGUGGUCAGGACAUGCACUGACAACAGCUGGGAUGAUCUGGAGACCCACCUGAAAGAAGAGACACCCAAGAGGCUCUGGGCUCACUGCCAGGUGCCCCACUUCUCCUGGUUCCUUGUGGUUUCACGUCCUGUAUCCAAUGCCUGUCUGGUGACAACAGAGGGGACGCUGCUGUGCUCUUCUGGUCAUCCUGGGGUCAAGGUCACCUUCCCCCCUGGGGCCACGGAGGAGCCUCGUCGAGUUUCCAUGCAGGUGGUGCACAUGGCUGGCCAGGAGCUGCAAGCUCUCCUGGGGGAGCCAGAGGCUGCAGUGAGCCCACUGUUGUGCCUCUCUCAGAGUGGUCCCCCCAACUUCCUCCAACCAGUCACUGUGCAGCUGCCUCUGCCCUCUGGCAUCACAGGCCUCAGUCUGGACCGCUCUUGCCUGCACCUGUUAUACUGGGCGCCCCCUGCAGUUACCUGGGAUGACAUCACUGCUCAGGUGGUACUGGAGCUCACACACCUGUAUGCUCGCUUCCAGGUCACACACUUCUCCUGGUCAGUGUCCACCCAGCUCCCCCAGUCCCUACCCCCACUUUGUACAGCCCCCCUCAUCCCCAGCACCCCCAGGUACUGGCUCUGGUAUACCACCAAGACCUGCGUAGGAGGCCUGGCACGCAAGGCCUGGGAGCGGCUGCGGCUACACCGUGUGAACCUCAUCGCCCUGCAGCGGCGGCGAGACCCUGAGCAGGUCCUCCUACAGUGCCUGCCCCGAAACAAGGUGGAUGCCACCCUUCAGCGGCUGCUAGAGAGGUAUCGAGGCCCUGAGCCCUCCGACACUGUGGAGAUGUUUGAGGGCGAGAAGUUCUUUGCAGCCUUUGAGCGGGGCAUCGACGUAGAUGCUGAUCGCCCAGACUGCGUGGAGGGCAGGAUCUGCUUUGUCUUCUACUCUCAUCUGAAGAAUGUGAAGGAGGUCUAUGUGACCACCACGCUGGACAGGGAGGCUCAGGCUGUGCGGGGCCAGGUAUCUUUCUACCGGGGCACAGUGCCUACACAUGUGCCUGAGGAGGCUGAGGCUGCCCGGCAGAAAAAGGGCACCAAUGCCCUGUGGAUGGCCACUCUGCCCAUCAAGUUGCCGAGGCUACGAGGGUCUGAGGGUCCUGGGCGGGGGGCCAGCCCCUCUUUGGCACCUCUGAACCUGGGCGAUGCUGAGACUGGUUUCCUGACCCAGAGCAACCUGCUGAGUGUGGCUGGGCGCCUGGGUGUAGACUGGCCAGCUGUGGCCCUGCACCUGGGUGUGCCCUACCGUGAGCUGCAACGCAUCCGACACAACUUCCGGGAUGACCUAGAUGGGCAGAUACGCCAUAUGCUCUUCUCCUGGGCUGAACGCCAGUCUGGGCAGCCAGGGGCCGUGGGGCUCCUGGUGCAGGCACUGGAGCAGAGUGACCGGCAGGAUGUGGCUGAAGAGGUUCGGGCAGUCUUGGAGCUUGGCCGCCGCAAAUACCAAGAUGGCAUCCGACGCACAGGCUUGGCUCCCGAGGACCCUGCUCUGCCCGGUCCAUUGGUUCCACAGUCCCCAGAGCCUGCCCAGGACUAGGCCCCACAGACUUUGGGCUGGUCCUGGAUAUGCCCUGGCUAAUUGUCAAAAACCCCCACCUUCAAACCUCAUUAGUGUGUGGGGACAGCAUCCCCC